UUCUCAUUCUCAUUGUAAUCAUCGAUUGGUUGGUUGAAAUUUUUAGUACCAAAUUUAGCUUCCUUCCAUCAUGAUUAAGGACUUCAACAUACCCUACUAAGGAAUCAGAUUUUGUUUAGCUAUAGUGAAAUUCAAUGGGGCAUUCCGACGAUCUUUGCAACAUAGAAGGGAACGGAGAUGGGAGAAGUAAUAACGGUGCUUCUGGUGUUCCGUCAACAUCGGCGGCGGCUAGCUCUGCUUACAAGUUGUUCGGCCGGGAAACCUCUUUCCACCAGAUGAUGGGCGGCGGAAAAGCUGCUGACGUUAUAUUGUGGAGGCGGAGGCGUGUCUCUUUUGGCAUCAUUGUUGCUGCUACAGUCGCAUGGAUCAUCUUUGAGUAUUCAGAGUUACCUUUCUUGUCAGUUUCUUCUGAUGUUUUACUGAUUCUGAUAGUUCUGCUCUUUCUCCGUGCGAACUAUGCAGCCUUCAGGAAGAAACAACUCCCAGCAUUACCAGAGUUAGUCUUGUCAGAAGAAAUGGUUAAUAAUGCUGCAGCAUCAUUUCGGGUCAAAAUUAAUUAUAUGCUUCUCAUGGCUCAUGAUAUCACUCUUGGCAAAGAUUUCAAACUCUUCUUCAAGGUAGUUAUUGUUCUGUGGCUUCUAUCUGUCAUAGGAAGCGUAAUAUCUUUCUUCACACUUGCAUAUAUUGGAACGAUAAUAUUCAUUACUGUGCCUGCCUUGUAUAAUAAAUUUGAAGACCACGUGGAUCGAUAUGCUGGAAAGAUCCACAGGCAACUUUCAAGGCACUACAAAAUAGUGGAUGAGAGCAUUAGCAGGCUGCCCCGGAGUAUCUCCAAGGACAAAGAACUAUAGAGUCUUCUUUUACCAAGUAGGAGCAUGUUGAUUUGCAUGAGACAAACCUUUUAGGUGUGCAUUCCUUUGGUCCUGAUUCUCCUUUUCCAUAGAAUGAGGAUGAUCUGGAAAUUUUUCCUGUUUCCAAACUUCAAGUUUGGAUUUUCAAAAUUAAGCUAACAAUGGCAAUUGUCACCGACUCUUACCAUCUACGCUGUCCUUGUGGCAGGUGUUACAUAGUACAGAUUUUUGUAAACAUCUUGUAUUUUUUGUGUGUGUUAUUGUUGAAAUGUUAACAUCUCGGAUGGAUAACUCUUUUUUUU